AAGAAUGUUGCUGGCUUCCUAUGUGUAGCUAGCUAAUCCUUCUUGAGACCUGCUAGGUGACUGCGACGCUCAAAGUCGAUUUCACUGAAGGGGUCAGGCUUCUCCAUUGAGUUCAUCAGCAGUUAUGAAUGUGGAUGAUGAUGUGGAAAAACUUUUAAAUGGUGAAGGACUAGAAGUAAACAAGGAAUUUGAUUCAGCACCAGCACAGGUUCGAGCAGUGGUUUUAAGGAAAACUGUUACCUACAUUGUCAGUGCUGUCAUCUUCAAUGAAAAGAAUGAGGUGCUCAUGGUGCAAGAGGCCAAAGAGAAUUGCUACCAAAAGUGGUACCUCCCUGCUGGUCGAAUGGAAGAGGGAGAGAGCAUUGUGGAGGCAAUGAGGAGGGAAGUGAAGGAGGAGACUGGGUUCGAGUGCCAGCCCAUCACCCUGGUCCUGGUCCAAGAGCAGGGGCCGGAAUGGAUCCGAUUUGUUUUCCUGGCAGAGAUUACAGGAGGCUCCCUAAAAACAACCGCAGAGGCUGACACAGAGUCUCUACAGGCUGGGUGGUGGGACCAAGAAUCCCCACUCACCCUGAGAGGUCGCGACAUCCUCCGGCUCAUUGAUGCCGCCCUGAAAUACAGAGAGAAACCCUGGCAUCCCGUAGCCAACCCUAUAGACAUGGGCUGCCACGUCAUCGUGCAGAGACUGCUCCUCACCUUCAGCAGCCCAGACGGGACUCUCUGGCUCCUGCUGGGUAACGCCAAGGAGUUGCACCUACCUGUGGCUGUGUCCAAUAAGACCCACACGGUCACGUGGGCAGCCAACAGACUGGUUCAGGAGACCAUGCCCUCAACCUACUACGAGCUUGACGUCAACACCAGGGGGAUCCUGGGACUGCAGCACAGUGGAAGUGUACCCGGGAAGACGGACGGACUGUGCUUCAACACCCUGGUGACCCUGGAGCACACUCGGCAGGGGCCUCACACCAGUCUGCCUCCACCUCUGGAGAACCCUUGCUUUCAGUGGAACAAAGUGGAGAACCGUCGGCUGAGAGAACAGAUUCAACAGAGGCUGACUACUGGGUCCCUCCUUCCGGUGCACAGUCUCUAUUAAGGAGGGGGUGAAUGGACAUUAUUCCAAAGGAAAUACCCUUUUUACUGCACAAGAGACAAAGUUGCCCUAAAAUUGCCCUGGGAGGCACUGGAGCCUCCGCCCAUUCUUACGAAUCAGCCAACCAAAUUCUAAUAUUCAAUACUACACCAACAUGUAAGCUUUUUUACAGGAAGCAGCAGCUAGCCUUGCGGUUGUGGCAUCCAACUAUUAACCAAAAUGUUUCAGAUCAAAUCCCAAGUUGGCAAGGGGAACAUUUUUAACUUAGUCCCUGAACAUAGUGGCUACCUAAAAUGUGACUAUGGAUGUAACUGUCUGCUAAAUGCCUAAAAUGUACAUUUAGAAUAUUUAAAAGCAAAUACGCCAACUUUGCAUUGUUACCUACAUUUUAGCUGCCUAUUUUAAGGUUAUGGUUGUGUGUUUACCUGUUUGAUAUUUGAAUUGAGAAGGUAGAAAAACAGGUUGUCUAAACAUCAGCCAGUGAGAUGACAGGCACAUUUCAGGGCACCUUUAUCAUGCAGGCCUUUUUAGAUGAUGACUUUAGGAAUGCAUUCAUGACAUUGGUUGUAUGUCACUGUGUGGGACCCAUUUCUGUCAUGUUGCAACCUAAAGACGUGUACAGGCCUUUUGGAAAGGCAGGUGAAAUUAAGCCUUUAUUUUCAAUGGGGUUUAAGUACAGAAACCCAAUUUGCUAAUUUAGCACUUCAAAGAAACUGUAAAGUAUAUAAUACUUGAAAUGGACUGCAAUAGUUUUGCAACCAUCUUACCGUAAUGUCCUCUAUCAAGCUUGCUGCUAUUAAACACAGUGGAUUUAUAAGUCAUGGCUACAAAUCACUGUAGUUUUCAUAUGAUUUCAUAUGUUACCAGUAUAGCAUUAAAAUAUGUAAAUAUCUCCACAACUCUGUAAAACCAUGACAAAAAAGAAUAUGAAUCACAAAGUGAGUGACCUUACAGCCAGAUUCAACAGAAUGAUGUACUGGGUUAGCAACAGGGCAACUUCUGACAAUAUAAAGUGGGUUGCAAUUGCAUAUACUUAAAAUUAUACACUGGUGCUUCUGGUUACUCGAAGUAAGCCAAGUAACUUUGAAACUCAUCUCAAUGCAAAUUAAGAAAUGACAGUAAAU